UAUUAAUUCCGAGUUACUUGCAGCACGAUAAAGUUGUCAUGUUACAAUUAAUUGAGCACAGUUUACUGAUUGCGAUUGGUGUCCACUCUUCUACGUCCUCUAAACAGCCUUGAUUAUACAUAUGACAAUCCGAGUGGAAAUAGAAACUGUAUCAAAAGGAAACUAAACUAGAACAAUGUCCCUUACUCGAGGUGCAACGCGUGUUGCUCUUAUCACAGGGGCAGCUCAAGGCAUUGGCAAAGCCAUUGCUCUGCGAUUGGCCUCAGAUGGAUUCAAAAUCGCGCUCAACGACGUUGAUAGUAAACGGAACCAGCUCGAAGGAGUAAAUGACGAGAUUGAGAAGGACUACGGCUGCGAAACGUGUAGUGUCCCUGGAGAUGUUAGUAAGGAGCGCGAUGUGGAAGACAUGGUGCAGGUUGUUUCGCAGCGUUUGGGUAGCUUGGAUGUAAUGGUCGCAAACGCUGGAAUUCUCGGGUCCUACACACCCAUCCUUUCGACAACUGAAAAACAAUGGGACGACGUCCUCCGAAUCAAUACCAAGGGUAUUUUCUUCUGCUACAAGUAUGCGGCUAAACAAAUGGUUGCACAAGGCCGGCCUGGAGGGAGAAUCAUCGGAGCGUCAUCAUUUGCUGGGAAGCAAGGCUUAACCCAUAUUGGCGCAUACGCCGCUUCAAAGUUCGUUCGUGGAUUGACACAGGUUGCUGCUUUGGAACUGGGUCACCACGGCAUCACAGUAAAUGCAUACGCGCCAGGCGCUAUAGAGACUCCCCUGGCUACUGCGAUCGAUCUUUCAACGACACCCGCAGGCAAAGAUUUCCUCAACAAGCUCCCCUCGUUCUCAACCGUAGGAAAACCCGAAGACGUUGCUAGUUUGGUUUCAUUCCUUGCCUCUCAAGAAUCUGGAUAUAUCACUGGGCAAACGAUUUCCGUCAACGGCGGUCUAUUCUUCGAUUGAUCUUGAGCGUUAAAUUGUGGUCUCAUGUUUCUCCCUGCUUGUAAUGGCUUUGACUGUUGGGAUGACAGAUGUAACAACGCCAGUUGAUUGCCUACGGGGCGAAGCAAUGCUAACGUUGCGACGUUGAGCCCAAGUUGAGGCUGAAGCUAGAUAGGAGAUGCUGGAAAUGCUUUGGAUCAAUCGAGUAACCAGUGGAAGUCUUAUACAUUAUCAAUGAACCCAGUGUACACAAGUUAUAGACAAAUAUAGAUGUAAUAUACAGAUAU